AUGGCGCUGAAAAAAAGGUUGCAGGAUAAAGGAUCAUUCACAGCUCAACAAGAUUCACCACCACCUACAACUCUCCCAGGUGCACUGCCACCUGCUCCGCCUCCACCCAUAACUCAACCAGAUUUAUCACAAACCACUACUGGACCAGUAUUAUUGCCACCUACAGCUCAGCCAGAUUUGACACCACCCAUAGCUAAACCAAAUUUACCACCAACCACAAUUCAACCAGAUUCACCAAAACCCACAACUCGACCAGAUUUACCAUCACCCUCAACACAACAAGUAACUCAGGUACCUACAUCAUAUUAA